GACGCAAGUAGGGAUACUUGUUAGAUUCCGGUUGAAUUUUUAGCUAGUGUUUAAAAUAGACAAACUGUAGAGUUAUAGGUUUCCUUUGUUUAUAAAUAGUGCUAGUAACUGGUAACACCAAAUUAAUUUCGGUGAAAAAUAACGGGCAAAUUUAAGGCAGAAGAAUUCUAAAUGCGGUUAAGUUGAUUUUCGUCACAAUUAAGUUGUGUAGCUCUGUAGCCUAGAAUUCGAUCAAAAAUGCCGGCGGCCGUUUCGACCUCCUUGACAUACGAGAUUCUCAUGUACCUGAAUUCGUUUUACUUCGGGAUGUUCGCGACCUGCGAACUGUGCAUGGGGAUUUACAAAGCAGCAAAUUUACCAUCCCCAGGCACGAGUAAACUACUCACGGAAUUUGCUCUGCUGCUUUUUCUGCUAAGCACAGAAGGCGGUCGCAUUUUUCUUGGAAGAAAGGGAAAUUUAAUGGAGCGCGGUUUACUUUUUCUUCUCGCCAUAGCGCUUACAGUUCCAAGUUCGCUCGUCACUCUUUACUUUCUUCUUUGGCAACACUACACGCUGAGAUUAGAAGUCAUUCUAUGUAGCAUUCAGAUUGUUUUAUUGUGCAUUGAACUAGUCAUUGCUGUAAUAUGUCUCAUUUCUAUUUAUCGACCACAUCAAGACGAUUGAAACUUUUUAUUGUUAUCGUAUUCUUAUCAACAAAAAUUCAGGGUGGUUUCAUAAUUCAAAUAAGUGUAACAACUUUUUUAUGUGACGGGAAAUCAAAAAUGUAAUGCAGGGUAAUCACUGGACCGAUAAAAUAGGAAAGUGAAUUUGUUUUGCACAUCAAAGUUAAAAAAUUUGAUUUUUAGUCGGAAAAAUAUAGGUUCUAGGAUACCAGUCCAAUUUAAUAGUUUGGAAUCUUGAAUUUUUUAAAUCUUACUUUCUUAAAUAUUUUAAUUCGUUUCAUUAAUUAGUCUAGAAUUUUCCAGGAUUCCAAUUUUAAAUAGUUCAAUUUCGGAAGAACUCCACUUUGACUGCUUUCUUUUGUUACUUCAUUUGGAAUCUUUCAAAUCAAAAAUUGUUUAGUUUAAAAAAGUUUUGUUUCGAAGUUGCAAUGACCAGGAAAGAAUAGUUACAAACCCGAUUAUUCUUAAAUUUUAUUGACCUCUAUAAUAGUUUAAAACUCUCCUUAGAAAUCUACAAAUGAAACUACCCUAUUAGCUCGGGAUUGUUUUGCGACAUAUUUAUUUAUUCAUUCAUUCACCACGUAUACUAAUUUAUUUAACGAUCUAACUCCGUCUGAACGAAACGAGACUGCGAUUUAUCUCUAAGGUUCAUUAAGCUUCAGUAAUAUAAAUAAUAAUCAGUCAGAGUGCCUUAAUUAAUAAUUAAAUUUCACACCCUUUGAAAUACUCGGCAGGAUAAAAAUAAAUUUAUUCUCGAAUAUAAUACGACAAAGGCUGUAAAAUAUACUUAAUCUCGAUAUGCCUAAUUUAAAUUCUUUUUACAUAGAUAUAAUAAAUUAUACAAAAAUAUAGGAGAGAUGAUACAUAAUAGCUCACAGCUAAGCUAGGCAUUUAUGUUUUAAGACUUUUUGUACACCAUAGGACAAAAAAUAAAUAUUUACAAUAAUUGUA